AUGGCCACAGCUCCAUGGAGCAGUUGUGAUGGCGUUGCAGAGGACGAGUGGGAAUACGAGUAUGACCCGACUGAGACAGAAGACCUCUAUUUCACUCUGGACCUGACCACGCACGUGGCCGACGCGCUGGAACCCAAAGAAGAAGAAGGAGAAGAAGAAGAGAACGACGACGGCAACCACGACACUCAUAUCAGCGACGCGCAGAACGGAAAUGCGGAUGCGAAUCCAAACGCACAGGUUGCCAAAGAUCCACGACCCCCGCCACGCUCACAACUGCAGAUUUUAGAUCUACACACCACAAACCCUCUGGUCAAACUUGACGAGGGAGUCUACAGCUGUUGCUGGUCCACUGAUCUUGGCACUCAAUUUCACAUUGCUCAAGCUGGUCACAUUCCAAAUCCACGACGUGCCGGACAUGUCUUGGACAUCGUUGGACUUUCCCAGGCACGUUUGACAGGGAAACCAGGCUCACUUACAGUCAAGAAUGCCACAGGGGAAGGGCAGCAUGAUGCGACUACUCCUGACCUCGGCAACACGAUGGAUGAUGAGCCUGGAAGUGCAGACGAAUCGAACCCCGUCGAGGACACACAUGUCCCGCAGUCCUCUCAUUACGGGCAGCCUUUAGUGAUACCACGAGAAGACUGCAGAACCCCGACAGCCGUACAGCAGGCUUCUUUCCUGGAGCGCUUAUCUCAGAUCAAGCUCAAAAAAGGCGAGAACGACCCGGUACCGAUCUACAGCGUCAAAAUCCACAGGGAGCCUGCGAACAAAGCUGAGCUGAAAAGGCAGGCGCUCGAUGCUGAUGCAGAGAAGAAGAAAAUCGCCAAGUCGAGCGAGCGGCCAAGCAAACGCAGGAAGCGUCUGACAGCUGCAGAGAAAGGAAUUAUUCCUGGCACAACGCCAAAGGCAGGACGGAAGAAACUCAGUGCCAUCGCUGCACGGGUCGGUUUUCUUGAUGAAGCAACGGAUAACACACUUGCAACUCCUCGUCCACGGCGUCAGAGGACCUCGACUGCCAAAGCCGCCGAUGCAGCUCAACAGGAAGAUCUUGACUUGGAAGAUGCGCCAGCCGAACCAACCUGA